AUGUCUUUCUUCAUUGAGAACCCCAAUGUGGGCAACCAGAGCCAUCUGGAAGACUCACGCAUCCGCGGAUACAACCCUCUGACUCCUCCCAACCUCCUGCAGCAUGAGAUCGCAUUGACAGAGUCCUCGCGUCAGACGGUCAUGCAAGGCCGUGAGGAGUCCAUUGCCGUCGUCCAGGGCACAGACACCGAUAAGCACCGUCUCCUUGUCGUCAUCGGACCCUGCUCCAUCCACGACCCCGCCAUGGCCCUCGAAUACUGCGACAAGCUUCUGAAGCUGAAGGAGAAAUACAAGGAUGAGUUGUUGAUUGUGAUGCGCUCGUACCUCGAGAAGCCGCGUACCACUGUCGGCUGGAAGGGCCUUAUCAACGACCCGGAUCUCGACAACAGCUUCAAGAUUAACAAGGGUCUGCGCACGUCGCGCCAGAUGUUCGUUGACUUGACCAACAAGGGCAUGCCUAUCGCUAGCGAAAUGCUGGAUACCAUCUCGCCUCAGUUCCUGGCUGACUGUCUGUCCGUUGGUGCUGUUGGUGCUCGCACGACCGAGUCCCAGGUCCACCGUGAAUUGGCUUCUGGUCUGUCCUUCCCCGUCGGCUUCAAGAACGGCACGGACGGCACUCUGGACGUCGCUGUCGACGCGAUCGGCUCCGUCAAGAACCCCCACCACUUCCUUUCCGUCACCAAGCCUGGUGUCGCCGCCAUCGUCGGCACCGUGGGUAACCCGGACUGCUUCGUCAUUCUGCGCGGAGGCAAGAAAGGUACCAACUACGACGCUGCGAGCAUCCAGGACGCCAAGAAGAAGCUUGAAGCCAAGGGUCUCCCCGCCCGUCUCAUGGUCGACUGCAGCCACGGUAACUCUGAGAAAAACCACAAGAACCAGCCCAAGGUCGCUGCUGUUCUUGGCGAGCAGAUUGCCGCCGGUGAGACUGCUAUCAUGGGUGUUAUGAUCGAGAGCAACAUCAACGAGGGCAGCCAGAAGGUCCCCGCUGAGGGCAAGUCUGGCCUCAAGUACGGCGUCAGUAUCACCGACGCCUGCAUCGGCUGGGAAGACACCGAGUCUACGCUCGAGAACCUCGCACAGGCCGUUCGCACUCGCAGACAGAAAUUGACUGGUAAAUAA